AUGUUGGGCCACAUUUUGAGCAUGCGCUUUGCUGACGACGUCGCUUCACGUGCACGUGCCCGAGAGCUGGCCGUGAGCCUGGUGAACCGUGCCAGGGCCCAGAUUGGGGCAGGCGAUCCCGUGAAGGCAGAGCAGGAUGCCCUACAAGCAUCGAAUCUGGAUCCCUCCUACGGAAGAGCCAAGACUGUCCUCGCUGAAGCAUAUCAGAAGCAAGGCCGCACCAAAGAAGCAGAAGCACUGCUGGUGUCGCCUCCCAGUGCUUUGGGGACUUUGCCGGCGCUAGGGAAAAUUUUGACCAGCGCCUCCUGGAGAGCUCUAGCUGCUUACGCGUUGCUGGCCGUCCUGUUCUUUGUCCUGUUGACGGUGCAUCGACGCCUUGCCCUGGAUGCCCUUUACGGGCGGCAGCCGGUCUUGGGGGAUCCGGAACUGCGAGAAGUCUUGAGGUAUACCUCUGGCUACGGUGUGGGCAGCUUUCCGGCCCGUGUGAGACCAGAGAAAGUGGAGGAUGCCGCCUGGGCGAUGAAGAUAGCUUCCACGCAGGAGUGGUUGGCCUUUAUCAAGCAGGCCUUCGGGAAGCAGGCACUAAACGAAGAUGGGAAGCUAUUGCUCUUCUCAUGGGGAAACAUGCCCAAGCAAGGGAAGGGCGGAACAGAUCCGUCGGCCUGGAUGGGGAUGCUGGCCUUUGUCCCGAAGAACGUGAAUCCUGCUGUCUUGAUGCAGCUCUUACCCGAGAGGGCAGCAUUUGGCCGCCUGAAGCGGCUAGGGCACAGUGCUAGGUCCUGGCUGCAGAAGCACUUUGGUUUGGGGUCCGCAGCAGGAGGCCUUUUGCCACUGGCCUUGUAUGUGCAGGGUACAGUGGCAGAUGAACAGCGCCUGCCACAACAACUCACUUUUGCACGUUUAGCCCUCCUGCUGGUGGUUGCCAUCGCCGCAGCUAUUAGCUAUGGCAUCUAUGUGGCUCUGAUAUCCUUGCAUGACUUCCGUCGUCAUCCUGCCAUGGCUGAGCUAUCGGAUCCCAGUGGACGCUUCAUCGUGGCCCUGGAGAAGGACCUCAAGGAGGAGAUGCACGAACUGAAGCCACGAGUGCUUGAUGAUGGCAAGACCAUCAUCACCAUGAACUGGUUUAUUCACUUGCCCGGAAAUUUCUCCUUCUUUUCGAGGCUCUUUCAGCCUUUGCUGAUGAUUACAAACCUGGUGGGGAUCGGCUCCAGUGUCCCCGGGGCUCAAGGUGGUGACAUAAAACCACCUUCCUGGGGAGGCCUGCUGCAGCGCUGCUUUCAGGUGAUCGGUUUGCUUCCGAGCUGGUUGCAUUUAUUGCGUCGUAGUCUUCCUGGUGCUGUGCAGGCAAUUGGCUGA